AUGUCCACUUCACCUACUCGGCUCAGGCAAAUCGCUCUAGUGGCCAAGAACUUGAAGAAGGCUGAAUAUCUGCUUACCACCAUACUCGGCACAGAAGUCGUCUUCGUGGAUCCACAGGUCUCAAGAUGGGGAAUCAAGAAUAUUCUCGUUGCUGUAGGUGGAGACAUCAUCGAAGUGUGUUCCCCAUUCGAGGACGGUACUACAGCUGGAAGGCUGCUUGACAAGAGAGGUGAUGGAGGAUACAUGAUUAUUAUGCAGACUAUUGAUGCUGCAGCACGAAGGAAAGCUAUUGAGGCGAAGAAACUCGCCAAGGUAAUCUAUGGGCACGAGCACGAUGAUGUCGUUUGUGUACAGUAUCAUCCGAAGGGUAUACCCGGUGGUAUGAUGCCUGAACUCGACUCUCACACUCCCACAGCCGGCAAUCCGACACCAUUGCAGUCCACCUUCAGCCCCUGGCACGCAGCUGGAAAGGAUUACGAGGCAUAUUCAGCAGGGAUGAAGCGCUGCGCUCAUCUGAAAUUUCUGUCUGCAACAUGUCGUCUGACUCCUGGUGAUAGCAAUACUGAACAGGCGGCCAAGCAGUGGGAACGACUGUUUGGUGUCUCACGAGAGGGCAGUGAGCUGGCAUUCACGAACAUGCGGCUUCGAUUUGUUCCUGGUGCGGAUGGCAGCUCUGAUGGGCUUGAGUCGAUCAGUAUCCAGGUGACAGGUAAGCAACGAUAUUAUGAGAUGAUAGAGAAAGCUCGCGAGCUCGGCUUGUUGGAAGAAAGCUGGAUUAAUAUGCUUGGAUUGAGAUGGCGUAUAUCUUUGGCUGAUGAAGAGCCAGGUAAAAGUAAGCUCUAA